UCCUUGUGUUUAUUUUUCGUCAAACUCUUACCGUCUUUUCUUUCUAUGUAUUGCCAUGUUCUAGCAACAAGUGGCUUCCUUAGAAACGAUAUGGCCGCCUUGACAAUGAAAGGCGAAGAACAAAAUACCACUACUGAUGAUGGGACUAGUUCAAAGAAGAGAAAAUUGACAAUGAUCUCUGGAUCAUCCUAUAUUCCCAUGGAAAAACUUGGGACGCUACAGGGCGAUGAUGCCCAUUUUAUUUGCGCAGAGAAGAAAACAGUUGGGGUGGCAGAUGGUGUGGGUGGUUGGUCCCAACAUGGCAUUGAUGCAGGAGAAUAUGCUAGACAACUCAUGAGCAAUGCUGAAUAUGCAGUAGUGAAUGGCGAGCCAAACAGCAAAGUUGAUCCCAGAAAAGUUCUGGAUGCUGCUUAUUCAAAGACCAAAGUUAAAGGAUCCUCCACAGCAUGCAUUUUAACACUAGAUCAAGACGAAGGCUUGACAACAGUGAACAUGGGAGAUAGUGGAUUUUUGGUGAUUAGAAAGGAUGGAGAUGUAUACAAAUCACCAAUUCAGCAAUAUUCUUUCAACUGCCCUUAUUAGUUGCAAGAUAAUGACAGGAGUAGAACCCCUAGUGGCGCACAGGUGACGACACUUCCAGUUGAAGCAGGGGACGUCAUUGUUGCUGGCACAGAUGGGCUGUUUGAUAACUUGUAUCCAAGGCAAAUAGAAGAGCUUGUUAGGACAAAGAUUGAGGGAGGCUCAGAUCCACAGGAUGUUGCUUGGGCAGUGGCUGGACAAGCUUACUGCACAUCGAUGGAUAGAGAAGCUUUUACUCCAUUUACAGAAGGUUCUUUGGAAGCUGGAAAAUCAAGUGUUGGAGGCAAAGAAGAUGACAUUACCGUUAUAGUUUCUUGCAUUGUUGACGACAGUUUAUGAAAGUUUUAUAUCAAAAUUGAAUUAAAAUCCAGUGAUUUUGCUAGAAAAUCUUGUUUCCGAAACU